UUUUAGUCAGCCAUGUUCACUGAAUUUGUGUGUCAAACUUGUUUUGAUUAGGGAUUAAUGUCUUUAUGUGCUGUGGAAUAAUUUGAGUUUCAAUGUAUUGUGUUCCGGGGGGUGGCGGGGUGGGUGGGUGGUGGUGCAAACUUUUCGGCGUGUUCGAAGUAAUGCGUUUGGACUUCUUUCUUUAAUCUCAUCUCUGUUUGGCCUUAUUGUCCGUGCCGAUGUAAUUGUUAUGAAUCAAGCUAAAAGUAUCUUCUUUUUCGGUUUUGUGUUUGAAAACGACCAGCUUAGUUAAGUAACUCCUACUUGUGACUUUAAUGCAAGUCACGCAACCGAGACAUUCAAAACUUGGCCUUUGUGCCAAAGACUAAAUACAAUUUUUUGACGGUUCUAAUGGAAACUUUCAUCGUUCUCUUAGAAAACGUUGAUUCACGUGUACUAUGGUCAUACUUUCGUAUGGUCACGAGGCACAUCAAUGUUUUAAAUAAUAAGGGGGACCCCCUAUCGCCUGACCUAUUUUUACUAUUAUACAAAUCAGCGCUCUCGAAUUGUUUCCUUUGUCCACGCUCUUGGGAAGUAAAUUAACAUUUUUGUAACUGACUGAGUCUCGGGGGCUGCCGUCAUGGAAGUUAAAUGAAACGGGAUUGGUUGACUUAAAGCAAGUUCUAGUCAGUCAUGUUCAUAAAGUCUUUAGAGGUGUCUGGUAGUGAGGUUUAGAAGGUAACAAUGUGAACAUUCUUGUAUAUUUCAGUCAUGGCGGAAAGUCAAGUCAGAUCGCAUGAAGCAAGAGUGGAUUUUGAUGAAGAUGUUUUAGAAGUCAUAGCGCAAGGCCCAGCUUCAGGCCCAGGCCCUUCUGAUGAAAAACUUGAUUAUGAUGAUGCUACUCUCAAAGCGAUAGCAGAAGUGUUCAGCAACAGGGCAACAGCUUAUUACCGUCUCGGGAAUUAUCGCGAGGCCCUAAAUGAUGCAACUGCUGCCGUCAUGUUGGAACAGACUUCGAUUAAAGCUAUAAAAACAGGAGCAAGUGCCUGUGAGCAUCUACAUUGUUAUGGAGACGCCAUAUCGUGGUGUGAGAAGGGAUUGGCAAUUGACAAGACUAACAAGGCAUUACUAGAUUUACGAGCCAGGUGUGGUAGAGAUCGAGUUAAAUUACAAGAGGCAGAGAGCAAUCCCGAAACUCACUCUGAGAAGGACCAGGUAAGUAAUGCUAGAGGAAAAUAUAUUAUAGGCUUCAAAGGGGAGAUUAGAUAAUGCCGGACUUAAUAUAUGUUAAAAGUAAAGGUUUUUUAAAACUUACAUACUUUUACUUCUUUGUCUUAUAUUUAUACUUAUGCAAAAAUUUUUAUCUUCACUUUUAAGCUUGAUAAGGACAGAAGUUCGGUCGAAACGUCGCGCUCUUUUACCGUUAGUUUUCACUUCAAAUUAAUAUCUGUUGUUCAAAAAACCUCUUGUGUGAAGACACGCGGUGACAGAAGAGCUAGCAGGAGUUGUUAACGUAACCAGUGACUCGAGCAAAGAUACUUUACAUUUUGAGAAUUGAAAUAAGACGAAAUAGUAAAAAUUAUCUUUGUGUUUCUAUCCGGUUUCUCUAUAAAUAUAGAAGUAUUCUAUCACUAAUGCUGUUCUCUUAUUGACUAAGCUGCUUAAUAUCUAUUCUAUUAUAGAAUGCGAAUACUCUUGCAACCUGUGGUUGCUAACAAAAUGGCGGCCGCUUCGUUACGUUUUCGGAGUCUUUGUGAAGAGAACUUAGCUAAUUAUCCAUUCUGCGAUACGUGCGUGCUCAUCUUUACGUCAAUUUGCAAGUGAGAAGAUGUAUGAAGAUGUAUGAAGAUCUUUUGCAACACUCCGCUCCGCAUCCCGUUUUCACUUCUCUUCUCUCGCUGUUUGGAAAUGCGAUAAGGCAUAUUUGCUAUUUGAUUUUAAAAUUAAGACCACCCCUCUCCCCCCCCCUUAUUUCAAUGAUGGAAAAAUGGUGCGCUUCGGGCCUAGCCCCAGUUCAUCCUUGAUUUGGGUGGGGGGGGGGGUUGUCUUUCGGGGGCGAGGGGUGGCUUCAUCUCUUAUUUUAUUUUGUCCAAAAUUGUACAUUGUUGCCUGCCGUUUCUUGACUAUUUUCUCUUGUAACGAGUACAUAUAUAUCAUUUUACCUUGUGUUUACUAUUUACAUCUUUUUUACUUUUUUUGUAAUUGAAACAUUAGACUUCAAAGAAAACCAUCGCAAUCCAAGGGCAAAAUUAAUACACUUUGAUUUUUUUUGAUUUAUUUUAUUAUGUCUGCUAACACUUUAGAUCACUUAACAACACUUUUGCUGCUACUUUACACUAAAACAAUAACAUAAAAGCUAAAUACACUACUUACAAUACAACAGAGCUACUUACAUAAUUGCAGCGCAAGACAGCUUCUUUACCCUACUUACUUUUAACAAUUAUUUAAAGGCACGUUAAAUUCGUAACAGCAAUACACGUAUUUUUUAAAUUGCAUAUCGUUUAAUUAAUCUAACAAUUAUUCUAGCAAUAUAUCACCCUACUCUUUAAAACGACAUAUCCUUGUAUCAAUCUAAUGCCUUUUAAAAGAAUUAACAGGACAGAAAAUGAGAAGAAGCAUCAUAAAGGAAUACCAGAAACUUGAUUUUCUAUUCUUAACUUGUAAUUUACUUUUGUAGUAAAUUCAAUCCAGGCAAGAUUCCUCUCAUUUACCUGGUGGUACUGUAGAUAAUAGUUAGCAUAUAAUAAACAUAGAUUCAAUUUCCUUCCCAAACGCCUUACCAAACAAUAAUUCGUAGUUUUCCGGGGAUAUUGAGGUGUUAUGCAUCUCAUUGAACCACUUCAACAGCCGAUUGUGAAAAAAAGUUGUCGCACUACAGUUUUGAAAUGUAUGAGGAACUGAGUCAGGCUCACCACGGUAGAAACAUCUAUUAUUGUGUGUAAUUCCAUAGAGAGUAAACUCUUUCUUCGUAGCGACAAUACGAUGGAUUAGCUUAAAGUAAAAUUCACUCAGUUGAUUCUCUUUACAAAUAGCCUUGAAUAAAUAAAUGAAUGAAUGAAUGGCUUUAUUAAAGUGCCAAUAGUAUUUAGCUUAAAAAACUA